GACGGAGGAGCAGCUGGCCUAGCUGCCAAUCGUCCAACUCGCGUCCGAGCGCUCGUGCUGUCUUUGGCCUGUGACGCAGCCUUUGUCCGCCGCAGCCUCCUCAACCAUGCUCAAGCGGCUUGCGCGCCCGACGUCGUCGCUCUCGUCGUCGUUGUCGCUCCCGUCGCCGUUGUCGCUCCCGUCGCCGUUGUCGCUCCCGUCGCUCUCGUCGCUCUCGUCGCCGUGGGUGUGCGCCCAGUGCGUCCAGCAUGCCCAGCGCCCGCGCCCGCGCCCGCGUCGCCUCAUCAGCACGCGCGCCCAUGGCCACGACCAGCGCGUCGCCCCCACGCCGCCGCCCGCCGCCCUCUCCGGCCUGUCUGCCGGCGCAAAGGCCGACGACGCCGCCCUGCGCAGCGUCUUCGACAACGCCGCCUUCUGGGACAGCUUCCGUCGCACCCGCAAGGGCACCAGGCGGGCCGGCAUCGUCGGCAACCAGUACCUGACCCACCCGGACGGCUUCGUCGACUUCGUCGCCGUCACCAUCCAGCGCUGCAAUGCCGUCGUGCACAAGGUCGGCGCCGCCGAGUCGACGCGCGACUUGCAGCUGCUCGUCCGCGAGCUGGACAAGCUCAGCGACCUGCUGUGCCGCGUCAUCGACCUGGCCGACUUCGUCCGCGGCACGCACCCGGAUCGCAAGUUUCAGGCCAUGGCCGUCAAGGCCUACCACACCGUCUUCCAGUACAUGAACCAGCUCAACACGACCCCCGUGCUGUACAACCAGCUGAAGAAGGCCUCGGAGAUGCCCGACGUGUAUGCGGCGUGGUCCGAGGAGGAGCGCAUCGUGGCGCGCAUACUGAUGGACGACUUUGCGCGCUUCGGCAUCGGCCUGGACGACGCAACCCGCAGGACGCUGGUCGACAUGAGCGGCGAGAUUGCCGAGGUUGGCUCGCAGUUUGUCGAGGGCAUGGCCCCGGAGACGCUGCGGCUCAAGUUCAGCUCGACCAAGCUAAAGGGCAUGGAUCCCAGUCUGGCGAGGCAGCUGACAAGAUGGGGCGAGACGACGAUAUCGACCAUGCACCACGAGUCGCAGGCAGUGCUGCGCUUCGUCCAAGACCCCGACGUGCGGCGAGAGACGUACUCGGCUGUCCGCACCGCCAGCCGCUCCAGCAUCGAGCGUCUGGAGAAGAUGCUGAAGCUGCGCGCCGAGCUGGCAAGCAUCUCCGGCUACGAGACAUUUGCACACAUGACGCUGGAGAACAAGAUGGCCAAGACGCCAGAGGCAGUCGACCAGUUUCUGAACGCCUUGCACCAGGACAACCGCCCCGCUGUCACGGCCGACCUCGACGAGCUGACCGCGCUGAAGAAGAGCGACGCGCACCAGGACAACUUUCCCGACCGGAUCAACGCCUGGGACAAGUUCUACUACACCCAGAAGAUGCUCGGCGCCAUGGAGGGCGCCUACCGCCAGCGUACGCCAGACACACUGUCCUCGUACUUUUCCGUCGGCACCGUCCUGCAGGGCAUAUCCCGCCUCUUCGACCGCCUCUACGGCGUACGAUUCGUUGCGCGCGAAACACACCCCGGCGAGGUAUGGGAUGACGGGGUGAGGAGGUUGGAUGUCAUGUCAGACACGGAAGGGCACAUUGCCGUCUUGUACUGCGAUCUUUUCUCGCGACCCGGCAAGACCCCGAACCCAGCCCACUUUACCCUCCGCUGCAGUCGCGAGAUCCUGUCCUCGGAGAUUGCAGAUGUGGCCCACAUGGCCCACCGCUUCGACUCCCCCGUCGAAGCAGCCACAGACGGCAUGGCCGUCACCUACAACGCCCAGCGGGACAGCUACUUCCAGCUGCCCACCAUCGCCCUCAUCUGCGACUUCCACAAGCCCCUCACCGCCGCCCGCCCUGCCUGCCUCAACAUGCACGACGUCCGCACCCUCUUCCACGAAAUGGGCCACGCCCUGCACUCCAUCCUCGGCCGCACCGCGCUGCAAAACGUCUCCGGCACCCGCUGUGCGACAGACAUUGCCGAGCUCCCGUCGGUGCUGAUGGAGCACUUUGCUUUCUGUCCCGAGGUCCUGGCCUUGUACGCGCGACACUGGGAGACUGACGCGCCGCUGCCGACCCACGCGCUCGCGCACCGCCUCGCCAUUGACAACAGAAACCAGUACUCGGAGCUCGAGAGCCAGAUCGUGCUCUGUCUGCUCGACCAGGCGUACCACUCUGCCCUCCCUGCGAGCGCGGCCUUUGACUCGACCAAAGUCUACCACGCCGUGUACAACAAAUACGCCUCCGUCCCCGAGCCCGCGGGCACCGCGUGGCAGGGCUUCUUUGGCCAUUUGUUCGGCUACGGGGCCACGUACUACUCUUACUUGUUUGACCGCGCGAUUGCGGCUAAGAUCUGGGGCGAUGUCUUUCAGAAGGAUGGCCCCAGCGGCAGCUUGGAUCGCGACAAUGGCGAGCUGUACAAGAAUGAGCUGUUGCGGUGGGGCGGGGGGCGCGAUGGCUGGCAGUGUCUUGCGGGCGUGCUAAAGGACGAGAAGCUUGCGUUGGGCGAUGCCGAGGCGAUGAGGGAGGUGGGGAGAUGGGGCAUCAGAGGGGGUGCGUAAACUGGAUGGGUGUGGGUGUGGGUGUGUGUGUGUGUGUGUGUGUGUGUGUGUAUGUGUGUGUAUGUGUGUGUAUGUGUAAGGUGCGUCCCUAAGUGGAGAGACACCAUGUCUCGAGACAGGUUGGCUGUUCGGACCUUUGGCGCCCCUGACGAGCAGAUUUGUAGAGUUGUCAUUCCUCCAUGAUAUUCAUAAAACUAUUCUCCUCUGCGCCAGCAGGCUC